GCAUUGCUCGCACUGCGCUGCUAACCCCAAACCCUUCCCGUCGUGACCUGUUCUUCAACUUCUACCGUACCAGACGCACCACCACGAUCGAUUCCUCCCGGCGGCUCCUGUCCGCUUGUGCCUCAUGCAUCGCUUUCCUAUCCUCGUGCUCAAGCGACAUAUUCGAGGCUUUCCUAGCUCUUGUAUAGGUUCUUCGAGGUCCAUCUGACCUCCCAACUCGCUCUGCUUGAGCAAUUCAGAUAGCUACUCAUUGCCCUCCCUGCAUCUACCAGUCUGGAGCUAGAGACGUAAACAUAGCAAGGGAGCCCGUGCCGCAAGUCAGCUUGUUGCGUCUAGAUUGGCUAUGGCUUAUAGCGGCAUGAACGGGUCUUCAACCACCAUGACCAUUGACCAACCCGACGACAGAGCCAAUCCUGAUUGGUGGCGCAAAUGGUACUUUGCGCAAUGGGGCAGACAUUAUGGCACAUUCAAGCAGGGCCGGUACCUGCUACCCUGUGAUGAUGUUGAAUGCGAUAGAUUGGACAUUAUGCACAAGUUUUUCUUGGUUGCUAGGGAACACGAAGCCUCGGAAUUCAGAGGCCUUUUUACACACCGACUGCCUGACCGCCCUAGGAUUCUAGAUCUGGGUUGUGGCACCGGCAUUUGGGCCAUUGAUACAGCUGACCGACUUGGUGGACAAGGCAACUAUUAUAUCGAAGGUUGGGAUCUCAACUUGACACAACCUGAAGCGAUCCCACCUAACUUAUACUUCUUUCGCCGUGAUAUCGAGGAUCCUUGGGAGAAAGUAGAACCUAAUUCGUUUGACUUGAUUCACAUGCGUGCCCUCAAUGGGAGUAUAGAAGAUUGGCCGCGGCUUUACCACCAAGCGUUCAAACAUCUGAAACCUGGCUCUGGGCUAAUAGAACAAGUGGAAAUCGACUGGCGUCCUCAAGCUGACGGCGACCCAAGACCAUUGGCCACUUCAAAACUUGCGGAAUGGUCUCAUAAAGUACACCAAGGCUUUAUGCGCGCUGGAAAGAGACUUGAAAUGGACUCAAAUACGAAGACAAUUCUUGAAGAUGUCGGCUUUGUUGAUGUUGAGCACAAGAAGAUACCUAUAGCCUUUAAUCCUUGGCCGCUUAACGAGCACGAAAAAGAGAUGGCUAGGUGGUUUAACCUAGGGCUAACCCAAGGCUUAGAUGGAUUGACAUUCCAAGCGGUCAUACAUUGGCUGAAUUACUCGGAACAUGAGGUGCGUGAGCUACUUCAGAGAGUAAAAGAAGACAUCUGCAGACGUGAAUGGCGGACGUAUUGUACUUUACAUAUCUAUACAGCACGGCGGCCACCAUUACCAGAACUAAUGCUAUAGUAUCGACUGCUGAGGUCAGCCCUUACUUCCAUGGCUCUCCAGUUCACAUCAAAGCUCGCCGUAUAGACUUUUGGAUAAGCUCUAUGACAGACAGAGAAUAGCCAAUGAAUUCUUGACAAUAAGCUGCGGUUGAUGGAAGAAUCAGAGCCUCCUUCUCUAAACAUCUUCAUGGCAAGCUCUUGGCCAUAUUAUGCUGGGCAUAAUAAUAUUGAGGCGUAUUAAAUGAGCGUGAACAAUCGACCUGC